CGUCUCAACACAUUCUCAAGACAUGGCACUCCGCUUUCCGCACAAGGUCCUCCACAGAACCCCUUAAACGGGCCUCAUAUCUCCCACCCACACCUUCUCCUCUGUCAAAGUUGUCGAGAGCCCCUCCACCGUACUGCUAUCGCUUUCACAUACGGUGUACCACUUUGGAGGUGUGCCCGCUCCAACCACCACCUCGAGAACAACUCGUCAUCCCGCUCAGCAGCUGAGGGGUGAAUCUUAUUACUGUUAAACCUACAUGAGAACGUCCUGGGCAAGACGAAGUCAUUGGAGUCUCCGCUAAACAUCUGCCAAGUUGAAUGCCAGCUCAAGCUGAGCCCUCGAUCCUCCGAAGGACUCUCGAUCGCCUCUGGGCGCCAUUGGCAAAAAGACCUUCGAUCCACGAACAACAUAUCGGCGAUGAAGACCCGGAGGGAAGCGGUGACGAGCUCUCAGAGGGCGACCUCGAAUCAGGUCCUUCGCAAAGCGCUCCGCUUCUAAGCGACUACAAAGGCAACUCUCGAUACGACCUCGAUUCUCAACCCCAUGCCCGAGCGCCACGGCGAACGAUUACCGCUGAAGGAGUAGCAAUCAUAAUAUACCCUUAUCGCACAGGACCGCCUGCGUUCUCUCUCGAUUUGCCGCCAAGUUUGGACGACGCCGCUUUCCCGUCAACACUGUACCGCUCGCAUGUAGCGGAACUGAAUGUUCUCUACAGGAAUGUUCAUACCGAGAGGCAACGGCAGUGGAAAAUACUGUGGGGUCUAAAUAUGGCCAUUGGGGUGCUGUGUCUGUUCAGCGCAUUGUGGACAUUGUUCAAGCAGCGACGAUAUACCCUUUCGCUUUUAUGGUCUCUCACAUUUUUGGCCUUGAUCUUGUUUUACCCAACGCUGGCGCGUUGGUGGUUCGCAGAUCUGUCCGACGCAUUCGAGACACAGAUUACGCGAAGCCUCUUCGAAUGGAACACUCGGGCACCUAAGAAUGUCAGAUUCCGCAUAAUAGGCACCGCCGCCAUCGCCAGUCAUCCUCGCUACGGUCGGCGAGAUUCGCAUUCAGCACACUCUGACAACUUCCACUACCACGCCAGCACUACGAGGCGCAAUAUCCCUUCAUACAGAAGGAGGAACGUCGACACUUCGACUUUGGAGCUGACACGGGAUGAUGAGGAUGAGGGUGCUCGGUUAAUUGUCGAGUUGCUUGAUCCGGGAAGAGUUGACGGCGAGAGGGAUAUGUCCUUCGAACGUGGGGAGGUGCUCAUAACACCCGAUGGCGACGGCAUGAUGUUGGCGGUCAAGGUCGUGCCUAGAGCCGCGCGGUUACAAGGCGGGUGACAAACUGUUGAUGUGGAGUUUUUUGGGUUUGGGAUUUCUCUGCGGGUUCUUCCGCAUUUGUAAAUAGCGUUUUGGUUGUCUCUCCUUUUGCGUGCGCAAUAUAUUGGUGCGCUCCAUUUGCCGAGUUUUGGUCAAAACCUACAUGCUUCAUGUUCCG